AUGUCCGCUUCUACUCUUCGGCGCCGAGUCCUACAUACCGAUCCCCAGACUGAGAGCGAGCCAUCCACGUCCCGAGAUGAAAGUCCCGAGAAGCCCGAAAAGCACGUCCAGGCUGUCCAACAUAUCAAGCCCAAGACGAGAAAGCGUCGCAAUACGGCAAUUUUUCUACUAGGAAGCUUGUUCGGUAUUAUAGCUGCUGGCUUUUUCGCCAAAAGCAAUGACCUCAUCGACCUUCCUGAGCUCGGUGAGCUCAGCAUGGACAGUCUGUUCGAUGUUUUGCCUGCUGGCUUAGUGAAGGAUAUGCGCGACCUCGUACAAGGCGAGCGUGAGUUCGUUGACAGCUAUGACGCCUUUUCAGUAGGGCUUCAGGCGCGUGCCGAGGGCCUUCAUGCCCAUCAUCCUAUGAUCAUGGUUCCUGGUGUCAUCUCAACGGGAUUAGAGUCGUGGGGAACCACCAACGUAUCCCGCCCGUACUUCCGCAAGCGUCUAUGGGGUAGUUGGAGCAUGAUGAGGGCUUUGGUCUUGGAUAAGGAGAACUGGAAGAGACACCUCAUGCUCGACCAAGACACGGGCCUUGACCCUCCCCAUAUUAAGCUGCGCGCAGCCCAAGGCUUUGACGCUACCGACUUUUUCAUUACUGGCUACUGGAUCUGGAACAAAAUCUUUGAGAAUCUGGCGUCCAUAGGUUACGACCCGACCAAUUCUUUCACUGCUGCAUAUGACUGGCGGCUGGCCUAUCCAAACCUUGAAACCCGCGACCAGUACUUUACGAGGCUCAAAUCCUACAUCGAAACGGCACACGAGUUUUCGGGAAAGAAGGCAGUGCUCGUAUCUCACAGUAUGGGCGGACAGGUUCUCUUUUAUUUCUUCCACUGGGUAGCCUCAGAGAGUGGCGGUCGUGGCGGCGAUGACUGGGUAGAGCAGCACGUUGAGGCGUGGAUCAAUGUGAGCGGGUGUAUGCUUGGAGCGGUUAAGGACUUGACAGCUGUAUUGUCGGGUGAGAUGCGUGAUACAGCGCAACUGAACGCUUUUGCCGUCUACGGUCUCGAAAAGUUUCUGAGCAAAGAUGAACGAGCGCAAUUGUUCCGUGCUAUGCCGGGGAUCUCUUCUAUGCUUCCUAUCGGAGGCGAAGCUGUAUGGGGUAAUCUUACUUGGGCACCUGAUGACCAGCCCGGGCAAGAUUUCUCUUUCGGAUCACUUCUCAACUUCCGCAGCGGCAUGAACUGGACCACUCCAGACCGCAAUUUGACAGUUGAGUCAGCCAUGGAGUAUCUCUUUAACACAACAGAGGGUUGGUACCAAAACCACGUCAAGAGAAGUUACUCGCAUGGGAUCGCCCAUACUGAAGCGGAGGUUGAAGCCAAUGAGAAAGACCCUCGAAAAUGGAUCAACCCAUUGGAAACGAGACUACCUCUUGCGCCGAGCUUAAAAAUUUACUGCUUCUACGGCGUCGGCAAACCCACUGAGAGAGGAUAUUAUUAUCGAUCUCCAGAAAUGCCAUCCCUCACAAACCUAAAUAUUACGAUUGAUACGGCUUUUACUCAAGGAGAGGUGGACCAUGGAGUUGUGAUGGGAGAGGGUGACGGAACAGUAAACCUCAUAAGCACAGGGUAUAUGUGCAAUCGUGGAUGGCAAUACAAGCGAUACAAUCCGGCGGGCUCCAAGGUUACUGUUGUCGAGAUGGAGCACGAACCCGAACGAUUCAAUCCUAGAGGCGGGCCCAAAACGGCAGAUCAUGUGGAUAUCCUUGGACGGCAGCAUCUCAAUGAGCUAAUCUUAAGGAUUGCAGCGGGUAAGGGAAAUACGAUAUCUGACUAUGUCGUAAGCAACAUCCAGGAGUAUGCGGACAGAGUCAAAAUUUACGAUGACGGCAAGCGCCCUGUUGAAGGAAAAGAUAUCUGGUUUUACUUCUGCUUUGACGUGUCAACCCUUGGCGAUUUUAGCAUCAUGGCGGAUUUCGAUGUUUAUGAGUCUCUCGAGACCCAGCAGCAGUUCUGGGAAGAGCUGGACGACGUUGUCACUACCCAGUACCAGUCGCACGAUUUAAUUGACGAGACGCUGAGGGCUUGGCUGCAUCUUUCCUCAAGAUUCAGGGAUAAGUUCUUUGAUUCUGAGGACGAUGUCGCAGUUUGCUGCGAGAAGCUUCUAUCCAGCCAGCUGUUCCGCGAUAACAAAGAAUAUAUCCGUACGCAAAUCGUAUACAGUCUCCUCCAAGAAGAUGACCCCGCAUCGCUACACGUUAUCGUUCUUUUCCUUCUGCUAGACGGCCAAGCCGAUGAGGCCACCUUCUCUCGUAUGGUCGAAGAAGCUUGCUUCCCCCGGCUACUCGAACUCAUUAACGGGCGCAAAGACCGGGAUCCGAGGCUACACCGUUUGCUGCUAGAGCUAAUGUACGAAAUGUCCCGCAUUGAACGGCUCCGCACAGCAGACUUACUGCUAGUCGAUGAUGGCUUCAUUGCGUAUUUGUUCCAGAUUAUCGAGGAGCUAUCCAACGAUGCCCACGAUCCGUAUCAUUAUCCCAUUAUACGUGUAUUGUUGGUUCUGAACGAACAAUACAUGCUAGCUUCCACCGACGUUGCUGCCGAUCCGACAUCUCCUACCGCACCGCUCACGAACAGAGUUAUCAAGUGUCUUAGCCUUCACGGAUCGCUGUUUCGAACAUUUGGAGAGAACAUUAUUCUACUAUUAAACCGUGAAACCGAAACGUCACUGCAGCUCCUAAUCCUUAAGCUGCUAUAUCUUCUCUUUACUACGAAAGCCACUUAUGAAUAUUUUUACACAAACGACUUGAAAGUGUUGCUCGAUGUUAUCAUCAGGAACCUCAUGGAUCUUCCAGACGAAAAGAUAUCUUUGCGGCAUACAUAUCUUCGGGUUUUGUAUCCUCUUUUAGCACAUACACAGCUCUGUCACCCUCCACACUACAAACGGGACGAGAUCAUUAAAGUCUUGAGAAUAUUAGGCGGGUUGGGGAAUUCUCAUUUCGCGCCCGCUGACGAAACGACGGUAAGACUAGUUGACCGUGUCUCCAAAGUCAAGUGGCUAGGCGAUCAUGAGGGUUCCGGCGAGGCAGAGGUGGCUCGAAAGUUUUUAGGCAUCAGCCUAUCCCGAUCAGAGACGGCCAGCAGCAUUAGCGUUGUAGACGUGGCAGCAGUCAUGGAGAAACCUGGCGUCAUCACUCCAAGUCGCAAGGCUGAGGCUGAGGCAGAAGCUAAGGGAGAACAGUCAAACAUGGGGACAGGUACGACGCGGCCUAAGAAGCCUUUGCCUGAGGUGCCUAAACAUCGACAUGGCACUCCUGUUGGGCAAACUGCGACACUGCAUCUGAAUGGGCACAAGAAGACACCACCCAAAGCACCGCCACCCCGCCGGAGAACGAAACUCAAGCCUGUCGAACCAGCCGCGGAUGGUGCUCCUAAGCCAGCAUCGUGA